CUUUUGUGUGAGAGCCGCGGGGUGGUGAGGGGGCGCUGGGGGGCAGCGAGGGGCACUUUAUAGUCGGGAUAGGGCCAAGUCAGUAGCGUUUAUCCCGGUCAUGUAUUCUGGUCACGGGGUUUAAUCAUGACUCGAGUCAGUUAAUUAAAAAAAAAAGUUGCUGCUGGCUCAGAUGCGAGUUUAAAAGAGAGAGAGAGAGAGAGUAUGUUCCUGUCUGUGAGCCAGAGUUUGCUUAUCACUGCAAUAAAAUAAUAGCGUGGGAGUGAGAGCAGGAGGGAGAGCUGGGCUGCUUCCUCUUCGAUUUUAAAAUUUAAAUCCCUGAGUUUUGUUUUUUUUUUGGGGGGGGGUGGGUUGCUCGCUGGCUUUUUGAAUCAGAAGGAAGCAUUAACUUAGAAUUGUCACCCGAGGGGCUUGUAAUCUGCGGAAGUUGCAGUUUUUGUUUUUCUCUGUUCGCCCCUCUCUCUCUCUCUCUACCCCCCUCCCCAUCCCCGGUGUGAGAGGAGCGGGGGGGGCAGUCAGCAGCAGCAGCCGCCUUCCCGCACUCGGGAGCCUGGGCUCCAGCCAGCGGGGCUCUCUUUAUCAUCCCCCCCCCCCUCCACCCUCCACCCACCCUCCCCCCGAGUGAUGCUUUGUGUUGCGUUGUGUGUCCGCAAAUUUUCACAAUCACCAUGAGCAUGGCCAACGACACAUACGCGUUUGUUAAAGACAUUAAACCAGGAAUGAAAAAUUUAAAUGUCAUCUUUAUUGUUCUGGAAAUAGGUCGCGUUACCAAAACUAAAGAUGGACAUGAAGUGAGGUCGUGCAAAGUAGCCGACAAAACUGGCAGCAUCACAAUUUCAGUGUGGGAUGAGGUUGGAGGUCUAAUUCAGCCCGGGGAUAUCAUUCGCUUGACGAGAGGGUACGUCAAUGUGGCCAAAUGGCAGAACGUGUCCGAAUGACACAACGUGCCAGUA